AUGAGCACCCAUUUUGCCAGAAGCAUUCACGCUGUGCUCGGCGUGGCCCGCGAUGCUCCUCUUGAGAUCAAGCGGUCCUAUCGACGAAACGUCCUCGAACUGUACCCCGACAAGAAUCCGGGCGACGCAGUUGCUGCAACCGUGCGGUUCCAGCAGCUGCAGGCGGCGUACGAGUCGCUCUGCCGCCAGGAGGAGGCCGGCGGGGAACCACAGGAAAGGCAGGAAAGGAAGGAGGGGGAGAGGAAGCGAAAGAAGCAAAGGAAGGAAAAGGCAUGGAAGGAAGAGGAUGGAAGCCAGCGGCAGCGUAGAGAAGAGGACCGGUGGCGGGAAAAGGACGAUGAACUGCGGGGAACAGGCGUCCUCUUGGUUGUAUGCAAGGGAUUACACUUGGGGAUUUACCGGGAUGAGAACUCGGGGAUUUACUGGGAUUUACUCUCCACGCCUCCCGAGACACGUCUGACGUGUAGGCGUGACUGCCGUGAAGUGGCUUUGGAGACGCUGCUGGGCCCCUACAGCCUAUGA